CACCAGUACAGAAUCACCAACCCAGCAAGACUGACACCACAGUUAUCACCACCACCACCACCACUGCCACCGCCGCCGCCACCGCCACCGCCACCACCACCGCCACCACCACCACCGCCACCACCACUGCUGACCAAACAAGACUGGUAUAGAGAGAGGGUUUAUGCGGCUCCUUCCUCCAAGUACCCUUCAGGAGAACUCGUCAGCAACACAGCAAGGUGAUCUCGCCAGUAACGGCAGCGUGAGCCAGUGGUCCCUGGGCCUGGGCGAGCAGUACCAGCAGGGAUACUUCCCCCAGUACCAGCACCCCCAGCAGGCAGUGUACCCCGACCAGUCAUUCUACCACCACCACCAGGUCUACCAGCAGACCUACUACUUCCAGCCACACCAGCAGCACCACCAGCACCACCAGUACUCAGGCCAGGCUGCACAUGGUGGCGGGCAGCAGCUGCAGCAGUGUUCUCUAGGCCCUGAACAGCAGCAGCAGCAGCUGCAGCAGCAGGCACACCAGCAGCAGGCACAGCAGCAGCAGACACAGCAGCAGCAGGCACAGCAGCAGCAGCAGCAGCAGCAGGGUGCAGAGCGCGGGCAGUGCUGGGAGUGCAGCGCGGUGCUCCAGGAUGUGGCACUCCUGCGUAACCACGUGGCACUGUUUCACCCCUACGCACAAGUCUUCAGCUGCAAUCUGUGCCCGCAUGUGUUCCCCAGCCACACACAGCUUACGCAGCACUACAGCACCUCCCACCUGGUAGGCGAGCUCGUCAGCUCUCCCGAGGGCAGCAGCCAGCGCCAGGCCCCGCCAGACGCCAAGGGCGAGGCCGAGGCGCCGCCCUCCCUCAAGCCCAAGAAGACCCCCGCCAGGAAGCGCCCCAAGGCGCGGCCCGGCCCUGCGGGCAGGCAGGGUGCCGAGGGGCAGCAGGGCGGCCUGUGCUGCGUGCAGUGCCUCGUGAGCCACUUCCCGAGCCAGGCGGAGUUCGAGGCGCACCACCUGAGCCACGUGCGCGAGCGGAGUGUGCGCGUGCGCCUCAAGCAGCUCACUCGCUACCAGCUCAGGAAGGCCAAGGUCAAGGUGGAGUCAAGGAAGAAGAAUUCAUCACUCAAGCUGAAGCUCAAAAUCUCCAAAGUGGGUCGUGGCCGAGGUCGUAAGCGCAGGGAGGUCAAAAUACUGAGCGAAGAGGGCAUGAGUGACACCCCAAACAGUUUUCAGGACCAAGAAGGACUGGAAGCUGAGCCCCAGGAGGAGUCGGAGGGUAGGGAGGAGGGCGGCGCGGCGGCGGCGGCGGCGGCGGCGGCGGCGGCGGAGUGGGAAGAGAGUGGCGGAGACAGCGAGGAGCAGGAGGCCAGCAGGUCCUCUGCUGAGCCCCAGGACUCAGAGGAGCGGCUGGAGCAAGACUCACUGCCCGGGCAUGACGACCUUGGGGGGGCCAAGGAGCAGGACGGCCAGCAGGAGGACCUCCACUACUCGCAGCAGGAACAGGACUACCACCAGCAGGAGCAGGAUUACCAGCAGGAAGAGCAGGAGUACCAGCAGCAGCAGCAGCAGCAGCAGGAGCAAGAGCAGGACCAGCAGCAGCAGCAGCAGCAGGAGCAGGAGUACGGGCAGGAUUACCCGCAGGACCUGUCAGAGCAGGGUGAGCCGCAGGAGCAGGACAAGGAGGAGGAAGGGUACCAGGAGGCCCCCGAGGGCGGGGAGCAGAGUGACGGCAGCAACAGCGGCUUCAACCCUGAGUUUGGCGAGCAGGAGCUGCAGUACGGCGAGGCGGAGGGCGGCGACGGCCAGCAGACCUACCAGCCGCAGUUUGAAUCCUACCCCACCGCCAGCUGGUUCACUGAUUACGAGUCUGGACCGCGGAUAGCUGCGGCCAUGGCGGGCGCCACGGCGACCGAGAACGCCAGCGACGGGGGCGCCUGGGCCGGGGGGGCGGAGGGCGCCGCAAACCCCUCGUACAGCGGCGGCUCCUCUCCCCAGGAUAAGGGGUCCUCCGGGGGUCCGGUAAACGGCGGCACCAGCGAGGGCGACGGCGAGGACGGCCUGUUCAGCCAGGCGGUGCUGGGCCAGGAGUCCCCUGAGAAGAGUGACCGCCAGGGCAGCUUUGAGCAGCUGUGUCUCAACGACUCCUUCAGCGGCCAGGGCGAGGGCGAGGGAGACGAGGACCCUCAGCAGCAGCAGCAACAACAGCAGCAGCAGCAGGACCACCUGGCCUCGCCCCAGGAGCAGCAGCAGCAGGGCGCAGGCGUGGCCAGUGACCUGCUGUCAGAGCUGGAGUACUUGAACAACAGUGGGCAAGCCCAAGGCGAUCUGCAGCCCGGCUCCCAGUCUGGCCAGAUAGAUGGCUCCCCUCAUAGCGGCGGCCCCUCCCCCCACAGCGGUGGCCCCUCUCCCCACAGUGCGGGGCCCGGCACCCCCUCCCACCUCAGCUCCCGAGGCUCAAACUCUGGCACGCCCACCUCCUCGGGGGGCCACCCCACGCCCCCGCCCUCAGACACGUCCUUCAGGGCCCUGGCCACCAGCCCCAUCACCAGCCCCACCCAGCAGCCCACCUCUCCCUCCCUGCACAAGGGCGCCACGCCCCCCGUCACCUCCCCACUGCAGCAGAUCCAUUCCCCGCAGCAGGCUGGAGAGCAGCAGCAGCAGCAGCAACAGCAGCAGCAGCAGCAGCAGCAGCAGCAGCAGGCGGGAUCCGUGCCGCGCCUCACCAUUGCCAACAAUCUGAUGGCGUCCACCACCAGUGCCAUCAGCUCCCACCUGCUGGCGUCCACCACCACCACCAGCCAGGCGGGCGUGGGCAUGAUGGGCCGCUACGGGCAGCAGUGGUCCCAGGCGGCGGGCUACACCGGCGCUGCAGGGUACCCAGGCCUGCCCGGCACCACCAUCGCCAGCACCAACAUGCCGGGGCCGCUGCGUGCCCCUCUGCCCCCCAGCGUGGGCAUGCAGUACCGACCCAGCCCGCCCCCCCGUGUGCGCGGCAGACCACCCCUCAUCGGCCACGUGGGGCGGCCCCCCCUCCACCAGGCAGCCCACUUACAGCCCACCCGAGGGCCGGGCCGACCCCCGGCCUCCUCCAUCCUGCCACCGCCCCUCAUGCCGGCCCCAGGGGGGCGGGGGGGCAUGAUGCCGCCCCUGCAGCGCAUGCACCAGCCCAUGUAUCCCGGGCAGCGCCCCGCCGCCCCGCAGCAGCAGAGCGCCGCGGGCAAGAGGCAGAUGCUGGGCGCGGCGGGGCACUCCCCCAGCAAGACAGCGCGGCGCGAGGACAUCAACGUGCCCUCGCGCCAGAAGGACAACGAGUGUCAGAUCAUCGCUGUGGCCAACAGGAGUGACGGCCUGCCCGUCAUCUCCAACGUGCAGGGAGGGUCCGCCGCCCCCGCCCCCCAGCGCGGCUCCGUGCCCGCCACCACGGAGUCCACCAUCAACCUGAGUGACUCCAUCACGCUCAGCGUGCGCGCCUCGGCGGGCGGCAAGGACGGCAGUGGGCGGGGGGAACGCGGCGGCCCCGAAGCUGGGGCCGUGGCCAACCUGCUGGCCUCGCGGGGCAUCACCGUCACCCCGGCGGCGGGGGAGCGGCAGGACGGCGGCAGUGGGCGUGACGACCGGCGGCUGCCCACUGCCCAGGAGCUGAACCUGUCCUCCGCCAUCUCGGUGCACCCGCCCACGCAACGGGAGCGCGAGGGCAGUGGGCGCGAGAGGGACAGGGAUGGCUUCGCGGUGCCCCAGGCGCCGCCCACUCGGAGCAGCGUGUCCAACAGCAACGUGGAGCGGCCGCCGCGGCCCCCCACCGUGGACCUGACGCAGGACGUGCCCGCCUCGGGGGCGCAGGGCACCAGGCACAAGUGCCACCAGUGUGACCGCAGCUUCCCCACGGCCAGCCUGCUGGCGGACCACAGCCGCGUGCACCAGCAGCAGCAGCAGUCCAGGAUGCCCUUCAAAUGCCACCUGUGCACGGCGGGCUUCUCCACGCAGAAGGGGCAGCAGCACCACUACCAGCAGUUCCACCAGCUGCACCUGUCUGCCGGGGACGUGGCCAUCCCGCUGGUGGACCUGCGCAGCCCCGUCAACGUGCAGCGCAUGGCUGCGCUCGGCAUCCGCUCCUUCCUGCCGCUCACCAACCUGCAGAACCGCGGCGCCGGCGGCGUGGUGGGCGUGCCCAUCCUCACCCUGGAGAACCUGCGCAACGGCCACAUGACGCUGCAGCAGUGGGGCGUGAGCGACGUGCUGUCCCUGGGCCCCGCCAAGACCCUCAACAUGCCGCGGUAAUCGCGGCCGCCGCGGCGCCACGCACGGGGGCAGUAUGGCGCGCCCCAGAAGGUACAAAGCGGCGUUUGCUGGAGACUCACCGUCUGUAUACGAAGGUGUCCUGGCGCGGCGUGAAGCCCGCGAGGCGAGGCGGAGCUUUGGUUCACCUUAUCCUGAGUUAGUUCUCAGUCUUGUUUGCAUUAUUGCCAAAAGGGACGACACACCUUAUAUUUAUUUCCUAGAGUACGGUACCAUAAGUUAACGGAGACAGUAUUGUGAGCACUGUUCCGGGACAGUGGUGGUGACGGACGCAGCCACGGAAAACACAUUCCUUUCACCAAGAGCAAACAAAAUGACAGUAAGGAAACUUUUUGCCGGCGACCAAAACACGAAGGUGCGCAAAGUGUUCUUCAGUUGUGUCAUUUAACGUAUUUUCACAGAAUACUUUGAUUUUGUAAACUAAUGUACAAAUGUUUGUAUAUAGUUUUAUAUAUUUUCUAUAAAUGUGAAAUAAAUUAGAAUCUGA